AUGUGCCUUGGAGUCAAGACGGCUUCCCAACUCUUCACAUUGCCGUUAAAACAGGCCCUACCAGUGUCUACUCAUAACAGUCUUCACAUUCGGUAUCUAUCUUCACUACAGGCACACCACCAACGCCACAUCCGACGUCUGGCAUCGUUGGUAAAAAGAGGAGGAACAGAAGAGGGAGGUUGUAAUAAUACACUUGUAGCCUGCUCUGUUGUUGCUCAACAGAGGAACACCAAUACUGGAGCAUCUCCAACAGAUGAUGCAGAUGUUAUGUUUUGUGCAACUGGAGUCAAUCACGCACUACAUCGACGAUUUAAUGCAGGAAGGACGUUAAGGGGAAUUCUUAAGGGUUGUGCAGAGCAAAAUGCACUUGGAGUGGCAGCAGCUAGUGGACACUGUUAUUCAGCUAUUACUGAUGUUUACCUAUAUGCUACAACAUUACAGCAAACUUCUUCACAUUGCAGAAAUAUCGAUUCAACGAAAGAUUCAAAUAUUACUGAAAAUCCUAGAGAUGAUAGAGAUACUGCAGCUCCAGCUACAACUACUUCUCCUCCUCCGUCAUCAUCAUCAUCAUCGUCAUUAUUAUUAUCAUCUGUAAAAGGUGCUGUGUUUCCAUGUCCAGAAUGUUGGCGAAGUCUCAUGUCAGUGGCUGCAAUGCGACACGAUGAUGGGGAAACAGAACCGCUGAAUCUCUUCGUGCAUGUGAGUGGCGAGGGAGCAGCAGCGGCAACAGCAGCAGUUCGUGGUGUCUCUGUAGCGAGGGAGUCACUCUCGCUCUCUCCAUUAUCCCCUAUUGAUGUCACAAUUGUGUUGGCUGGGUGA